GCAUAGUCGCCUGUUAUAGCAAGCAUUGUUUACUGAAGACCUAUUCUAACCCGGAUCUUCACGGGUUGGUAUACGUUGAACUAACAGGCAAUGACAUGCGGGGCCCUCGGGUAUUACCGGUCAAUAAAUUGUGUGGAUGGCGUGACUGCGUUGUGAAAAGGAAUAACAAUACUGUCCGGCUCCUCUUUCCAGAGAGGAAAAUUGUGUGUUUUGAAGCAGUGAACCAAAACAUACCCUAUCUCUAAAAAUAUCACAGCCCAACUGCACUAUAAAACCGGCACAAGUCCGAACGAGUGAAUUAAUCCUGAACGCGACGUUAAACCCCAUUUCGCUUCCCUUUUUAAAUCAGUAGGUACGACAUUGAACAAGCUUUGCUAAAUGCAUAUAAAGCCUCGCAAUAUUAUGCUGAAUGCGAAUUGACGUCAAAGGAAAAACCAGGCUUUGUAAAAAAAUAGCAAUGACGGCUCCUCAGCACACUAUCCUUCAAUGGGUAUCUGACGCAGCACUGUUGACUCCACCAGAUAACGUGAUUUACGUUUGAAGGAAAAACUACCAUGUAAUUACCAUGGAACUACGACUCAAAUCAACGUCCAUGUUAACAAGGACCCGCUGUAGUAAGGACCGGAUGAGUUUAACGUGUCGAGUUUGCAGUAAGACGUUCUGCAAUGACCAUGGCAUAUACAGCCAUGAGGUACAAAAAUGUGAGGAAUGCUUCUACUGUGGCUACAGUUUUCAUGGUGUGAAACAAAUAAGGUCUCAUAUGAAAGCACAGCAUAGGAAUUAUAAGUGCACAGAAUGCAAGCGGGUAUUUUUCCUUGACACUGGCCGUGCAAACCAUACCAGGAUGUGUCAUGGAAUUUCGUCCACAAGUAGAAACGGAUUUAUUUCCGAAUUGCGUCGUUGUGGUGGUUUCCAUGGCUUGGUAAUUGAUAUCCAUCCCAAUCAAGAAAAGAUGAAAAGAUGCAACGAGGCUGUAGAGAAGCUCAUGCUGUUCAUGCAACACAACACCAAGUACAUCAUUGGCAAAUUUGUGAAAGGAGGUUCUCUGGAAAAGGGCACUAGUAUCAAGGAUACGUUUGACGUUGAUCUGGUUGCCUUCAUCAACAACUUUGAAUCGGUGGCAGAGAUGGACAAACAUAUAGACAGUAUACUCGCUAAGUUAGAAGAGCAUAUAGUUCAUGACGACAUAACGUGGGCAAAGAAAACUAUCUUCACCCGGAAGUCACAUCGUUCAGUUCAGUUCAAAAUUACUGGGCACGAAGGAGAAGAAUUGAUUGAUGUUGAUCUUCUCCCAGCGGUGGAUCUAAGACAAGACCGGAGAAGUAUUUUUCUGGAGAUGAAAGAUUCCCCAACAACCCGGCAUCUCUAUUCAGCAUGCCUCACACAAGAUCAGAUCGCUUUUGUGAAACACAGACCACCACAAGUGAAGGAGCUGAUUCGUCUUGUGAAAUACUGGAAAGAGAUUGAAGCUGUCGAUAUUCGAUCGUACUGCGUCGAGCUGAUUGUCAUUGGACUGUGGGAAGAAUGGGGGAAGCAAUUGCAAGCAACCUUUGAUAUCAGGACAGGAUUCAGGAAAGUCAUGGAAGAACUUAGCUGUGUUGGGUCGAUGAAGAUGACAUCGCUUUCAAAACACCGUGUGUCUGAUUACACGAGUCUUCCUGACCCACCUGCAGUGAUUGACCCAGCCAACCCAUUCGUGAAUGUUGCCGAUAAUCUGAAGUCUCACGAGGUGGAAAACAUUCAGAGAAAGGCAAAGGCAACGCUGAAGGAUAUGAAAAACAUCGACGUUGAAGAGUGACAGAAAGGCAAAUGAGAUUUGCUUGUAUUUGAAAUAAAGGGUAUCCUGCAAAUACAUUAUAUUCCUUACCGAGUACCUUUGGCUCAUACUGAAACGAACGAGUAGCAAUGCAUGUACAGGUAUAUGCAAAAGUAUUUUUUUGUACAUCUUAUAAGUCAAGAUAUUAUGAUUAGUUCUUAGAUUAUCCCUCAAACAGGCCGUAGUUUAUGAUAUUAUUGAUAUCUGAUAUUAUUUGUCUGUUUGUUUGUUUAUAUUAAAUCUUACAUUAUUCCAAAAUCAGAGAACCCAUGACUAAGUGCAAUUGGAAUAAUACCGUCGGAUGUCUAACUGUCAGACGAGAAGUGUUUUGGGGUUGUGGUUCCACACAGAUUUCACAAGAAGAAUGUACAUGUACAUAAAAGCGACACAAACGCCAUAACAAUCUCUGCUAAAAGCAGAGUCGUUUGUACGAUUCCAACAAUAUCAUGAGCUUGUGUUUAUGAAUCACUAUCACAUAGUGAUGAUACUAGGUGUUCGCGAAAAGAUAAGCGUAUCCUGUCCCACAGGUGUUAGAUGACAGGGACAAAUUCCAAAUCCUGUUAAUAACGAUGACCGACCCGUUGCUUUAACAUCCAUACCUAUGAAAUGCCUCGAACGUAUUGUAAAGAAUUUACGUAUUAGACAGACAGAACAUUUACUUAACCCUCUUCAGUUUGCCGGCAGAGGAGUAGGGGAUACCACGCUUACACUGUCGACAAUAUAUACAAACAUCUUGAAAUUUCCAAUUCAUUUGUACAAAUCCUGUUUGUUGACUUUUCCUCUGCUUUUAAUACCAUUGAGCCUCAUCUGCUUGCGCAAAAAUUAUGUGACAUGUCUGUUAAUUCAACAAUUAUUAAAUGGAUAGAACCUUUUCUUGUAAACAGUUUGUGACUGUAAAUGGUAUCAAAUCAUUUGUGACCUUUAUAUCUACGCGUGCCCCCAAGGUUGUGUGCUCUCUCCUGUGUUUAUUUAUUUUAUACACAAAUGACUGUAUCAGUCAUUUUAACAAUUGUCUAACCGUUAACUUUGCAGAUGACGCAGCGCUGGCCGGAUUCAUAAAGAAAUCUGAAAUAAUUAUUGAUUAUCGAUCCCAAUUAAUUUCAAAAUUUGACCAAUUGGUGCAAGAUUAAUUUUCUUACUCUAAAUGUUGAAAAGACAAAGGAUAUUAUUAUAGAUUUCAGAAAAAAAGCCGAAAUUUUGCGUGUUGUUAUUGAUAACGAAACUAUUGAUGUUGUUGAACAAUAUGAGUAUCUCGGCACCAAUAUUGAUUCAAAACUCACUUGGAAUGCUAACACGGAGCAUAUAUAUAAAAAGGCGAUUGUAUUUCCUACGGCGUGUUAAGUAUUUUAAACUUGAUAAUACAAUACUCUCUCCGUUUUGUAGAACAUUUAUUCGAAGCAUUUUAGUUUUUAAUGUUAACUGCUGGUGUGGGAGCAAGUCUGUUUCAAAAUAAAUCUACAGUACCUAACAUUUUUAAAUACAGCAAGCAAAAUAUCAGGUACCCAAUUUCAACACAUCGGCGAAAUUUAUGAGCAGCAUAUUGCGAAAAAGGUGCGUAAGAUACUAAAUGACAGCAGUCAUAUACUUCAUUCCGAAUAUCAGUUUCUACCUUCUGGGCGCCGACUGCGCAUGCCGAUGCUGAAAACAAACAGGGCCCGGAAAUCGUUCCUACCAGCAAGUAUUAGUCUUUAGAAUGUUUAUCCGUUUGAUACCUUUUAACAGUUCAUAAAUUUUAAAAUACCAUUCCUUGUCACUGUGAUAGUGUUUAAUUUUCUUAUUGUCUGCGUGCUUUUACUCGUGGUUAUAUUAGUAAGUUUCCUAUUUUCUUAUGUACAUUUUUUAAUAUCAUAUAUUUUCAUUUUUAGUGCUAAUCAACUGUGAAAUAAUUUUCCCUUGAGAUAAUAAAGUC